AUGUGCGGAAGAAUCCCAAGGAUCUCGAGGCCAGUCAAGGAUGAGGGGAAUGAAUGGGAAGUCAAACUGGUCGAUGAUUUUCAGACUCUCGGCGUUGCGAAUGAAGAAAGAGAAUGCCGUCUUCCCAACGAGCUGCUGGAGAAGAUUUUCGAUCAACUUGACUCUCUCUUAAAUAAACGAGACUUCUACCGUUUAGGUCUGGUCAGUCGACGUUUUCACUCAUUGGCGAUACGAUUCUUGUAUCUGGAUAUCGAAUUUUCCAACCCUCGCCGAUUUUUUGCCAUGCGCGAUGCAUGGAGAAAUGUCCCACCGCUAUAUGCACCCUGUACAACAACCCUCUCUCUCGGAGACACCCUGACCAGAGGAUGGUCAGCAGAGUUUGACCCUUUCUGGAACCAUGUUGAGGUUUUCGCAGUCUCGUUGUCUUCACUGCACCUUCUCAGUCUUAACCGACUCGACCUCUCUUUUUCCUUCUUCAAGUUUGCCACAGGGCUCGGAUUUCCUCUUGCCGUUCAACUCAGCUACUGCCUCGUCAACCGUGAGGCCUUACUUGCAGUCCCGACCUUGAACUUCAACGAGAUAUCUAUCACGAUGAUAUCCUGGCAGGAAACUGCGACUUCCCUGAUUCAGGAGGGUGGCCAGAUCAUUUCGGAGCUGAUUUUUCACUGUCGCCACGUUCGUCUGGCGCAGUUCCGCAUCGACCAGUCAUUAGUGCGAUAUAUCCGGGAAAACGAUCUCACCUGGCCGCCGACCCUCUGUCAUCUGGAAAUCUAUACGGAUUGGGCAGAUACUAGGGAGGAUCAAACUUUGAUGGGGCUCACAAUCACUCGUAUAAUACGUGCUUGUUCACCCCUCGAUUAUCUCUCUUUGCCCAAUUCCUCUGACGGCUUUAGAGUCUUGGCCAGACAUAUAUUGCGAGAAACGAUACCCUCGACGCAGUUACACCUUCAUGCUGAUAUCAAUCAGCUUGAGGCCCCACCACAGUUUCUUGCUCUGAUUCAUCCUGACGCAGGGAUUGAGACCCUCGAUAUUGGUGAUGGAGAGCUAACGAGGAACUUGUUGUCCACGUUGCCUAUCUGGUCUCAUGUCAGAACCCUCACGUUUGGGAUGGCGGAUAUAUCAAUCGACGAAAUGGAUUACCUUGCUGAAAUUUUUCCGCGGAUGGAGAACGUCACGUUCAUAUCUCUUCGCAAUCAUUUAACGGUUCGCGAUUCCUUUGAAGUCUCUCCCAAACUUCACGAUGUCACUGAUGGAUUUGGCCUCUCAGAUGAAUCAACUCAUAUACAUGAGCCGGACGUGGCGUGCAAGUAG